GUGAUAUUCAUUUGUUGUUUAAUAUACUUAAUGAUACUUUAUUAAUUUGUGAUGUAUAAUAUAUGUAACAUUGUAUAAAAGUGUAUUUAUAUAAGUACAAUUACAACUCAAAUAAUGGACUUAAAAAGCAUUAGCUCAAGAAUUAUAUUUUCUGAUAAUAUUAUCAGGCAGAGUUUGAAUAAACAACCAAUUGUUUCAGUUACAUUAGAUGAUGAUGAUCAAUUUUUUCAAAAGAUAAAAUCAGAUAUUGAUAGAAAUCUAUCACAUACCAAAGAAAAUUACAAACCAAAUAAUUACUAUCAAGGUACAUCAUUGAAAAGGAAAAAAUGUAUAUUUGAUGAAGAAACUCAAAAUAUAAUUAAGAGAUUUAAAAAAGAGAGGAACCAUAAAAUACAUACUCUACAAACAUCAAGAGAUAUAAAUAUUCCACAAUCUAAUCAUGUUGACAACAAUAUGAAACAAAUACAUGAUAUAAUAACAAAUAUCAAUACUAAUAAAAAUAUUAUACAAGAAACAAAUAUGUUUUCUUCCAAUGUUUUAACUACAAACUUAAGAAAUCCUAAAAACUAUGUAUUUCAAAUGGCUUCAAAGUUACAAAAGAAUGUUUUGCCAUUCCCCACUGUUGAAACAACAAUUCUUAAGGAAGAAUAUGAAGAAUCUUUAUUUUUUGCAAUGUUUCUUACUCCUCCAGAUAAUAAUUCAAUUGAAGAUAAUGAAGGAUUUGAAACUUGUAGUACAAUAUAAAAGUUAUUAUCAGAAAAAGAUUAAACUAAAGAUAUAUAAAGUUAUCUUAAUUUUAAAUGUACAUAUUUAUUUGAUAAAAUUCAUGUUGAAUACUU